AUGUCGAUCCAAUUACGCAAUGGUUUAGCUAAUCAAACUCUAGAUCGGGUGUUGGAAGAUUUGUUAGUUAGAUUUGUGGUGAAUGUUCCCGAAGAGGAUUUAUCUUCCAUUGAAAGAAUAAUGUUUCAGAUUGAGGAAGCACAAUGGUUUUAUGCUGACUUUGUUCGUCAGUUGAAUCCCGAUUUGCAAAGCAUGAAGAUGAAGACGUUCAGUACAAAGAUUUUAGAGAAAUGCCCGCUUAUUUGGAAAUGGGGUGACCCACAGGAAGCAUUAUCUAAAUUCGGAAAAUAUAAAUCGACCAUACCGGUUCGUGGUGUUGCAUUAUUCAAUAAAGAUUUGAACAAAGUUGUGCUAGUCAAGGGCACCGAAUCCAACUCUUGGUCGUUUCCAAGAGGGAAGAUUUCGAAAGAUGAAUCUGACAUUGACUGUGCAGUUAGAGAAGUAGAAGAGGAAACAGGGUUCAAUUGCCGACACCUUAUUGAUGAAAACGACUGCAUUGAAAGAAACAUAAGGGGAAAGAACUACAAGAUUUAUUUGGUCAAAAAUGUGCCGGAAGAUACUUUAUUCGAGGCACCUACUUAUGAGAUAUCGCAAAUCAAAUGGUUUGACAUUAAAACAAUCCAAAAGAAAUGUAAGACAAACCCAAACACUUUUUUCAUUGUGGGGACUAUUUUGAAGCCGAUGACUAAAUGGAUUAACAAGAACAAGGGUGUAUUGAACGAGGAAGAAAUUAUGUUACAGGUUGAGUUGAAAUUGAAGGAGUUGUUGGGACUUAAUGCUAAAGAACCAGAAGAAAAUGUGGAUGCAGGUAGAGAAUUGUUGAAUAUUUUGCAAAAAGUUGGACAAAAGGAAAGCCAAUCUGCAAUAUCACCAAGCUCUUCAUACCAAAAUAACGAUCAACAACCACAGCCACCAAUGGUUAAUGUACCUGUUCCGCAACAUCUCCAUAACCAAAUCCCUUUUUUUGCAGGAGCACACGCUGCUUUCCCAUUUUACAAUCAGCCUUUUUUCAAUCCUAUGUCGUUUAUGCCUCCACAAUUCAUGCCUCAUCAUCCUGCAUAUGUUAGUCCACAUAACCAACAACCCCCUAACCCUCAAAGCUUUCAGAAGCCCAAGACUAACUCGAAAGAGUUGUUAUCUAUUUUGACGGCUAAAUCAGACAAGAAAAGGGAUGACGAGAACUCAAAACAGCGCAAGCCGGUGGAAGAUGACAAUAUCCGCUCCAGAGCACAACAAUUAUUGAGCGUAUUUCCUAAAAAGCACAUCAAAGAGACUAACACGUCAGCAGAGUCAGAGGUUGAGAAUGAGAAUGAACUUGCCAAGAAGCAUUUGUUGAAGUCCUUGCGCAGAUCUGCAACCCCAGAAGCGAGCACAACAGAGACUAGGUCUCCUGGAAUGAGUCCAAUAAUAGACAAUUCUUACCAAGAGCCAUCCAACGAAAUUGAAGAGUCAAUUAGAGCACAACGUCAACAAGUCCCAGUAACAUCAAGGAGAAAGAUAAAAUUACUAAAGAGAUCUGAUAAUGAAGCAUCUGCAAAUUUGUUGGAGUUAUUAGGUCCGAAAAAGACAGAGAGUGUGGAUACAGCAAAUAAGAACCCAGAUGCAGGCAACGAACUAUUAGGAUUACUUCAUAAGAAGCAGGAACAAAACCAGGAACUGUUGCCCAACGUAGAGAGAUCAUCGACAAGAAAAGAAGAGCUGCAAAACACCUCCAACGAAUUGUUAACUAUGCUUAAAAAACCAACUGCCGCAAAAGAAUCCACAUCAGAGUCACGAUCCCAAAAUUUGCUUAACUUGCUUAAGAAGCCAGAAUCACAAAAUGCACCAGGAAGCAAGGGGAAGGAUCAAGCUUCUGGCGACCAGUUGGCUGACACUCACCUACCAAGCUACACACAAAACAACUUGCAACCUCAACUCAACAAUUUAAACCCUUUACCAAGCCCCAUGAACUUCUUGUCGAGUCCAGAGCAGAAGCCACAACAAGCAUCACAAGUAUCUUCUGCGAACCAAUUAUUGGGCUUGCUUCAUAAAAAUGGUACCGAAAGAAAUAAAAGUAUAACAUCUCCGAACGAGUUAUGGGGAACAAGUACUCCUGGUUCCACAGGGGGGCCCAGCGUUGGAGAGGCCAAUAAACAUUCCAAUGCCACCACCGGGGGUCCGUUCAGAAGUAACGUGCUUUCUCCAAAUCUAGACAUUUGGACGAAUGAUACAAAAACAUCAAGCUUGCUGGGCAGCCAGUUUCAAAUCCCAGAGCCAAGUAGAAGGAGCAGUCAGUUAUUGGAUUUAUUGAACACGAAUAGAGAUCCAGUGCAAGAUGCUCAAUAUUCGCAAUCUAAUUCGAAUAACUACAACAAUGGAGGUAUAGAAAUUGCUAGAAGAGAUUCUCCAUCUGAUAAGUUUGAAAAUUUUGAGGAUUUCGAGGACUAUAACGAUGGAUAUCAGUUUAAUGAUGAACUUCUUGAUAAAACAUACAGGAAUUUUGAUAUCGCUAGUGACGAAGAGGAUGUUGAUUAUUUAAUUGACCCUUUGAUUACACAUAAUGACAAGCUGCUGCAUCAAGACAACGAAAUCAAACCUUCGCUGGUAGAUAACCAGAAUGAUCAACCAAAGAAGAUAAGAAUUUUGAAGCCUGGUGAAAACAUUGACAAUCUUUUCGGUUCUCAAGGAAGUAACGAGCCUGGAAAAGGGUUAUUGGCUUUAUUGAAUGGUGGAAAGGCACAGUAA